AAAGGCACCACGGACACUAACGUUCAGACAGAUGUUCCCAGUUUGUCUAACUUCUCGGUCUUCUUUGGAUGCUUCUGCUGGCUAUGGAGAAGGUAGCCUCUCUGCACAUCGAGCUAAGAUGAACUUUACAGCGCAACCGUUGAAGUCUUCCAAGCAGAGAUGCUCCAGAGAUCUUUUACCGCCGUAAUCCUGUUCAACACCUUACUGAAGCCAGAAGACGGCGAUGAUGAUGAUGAUGAUACGGAGGAGGUCCUGUCACGUGAAAGGAGAUGUGAUGUGCACAAUGCUGCUGCUGGUGCUCUUCUGUUUGUUGUUCUACGUGCGACAGGUCCUUCUGUCCUCUGGCUGGGACAAACCUGCAUGGAAGCUGGAGAUCCUUCGUCCCACCAGCGCUAGUCGGACGUUGCUGGGAACCAAUGGGGCCAGAGCGGCCCAGGAGUCUCCAAGGGAGUCCCCAGUCAGCGGUCCCUCCGAGCCCCACCUCCCUCCCUCAGAGUCCAAGUCCAAACCUCCCCAGGCCAAGUCCAAAGCUGAGUCGAAACCUAAAAGAAAACCCAAGUCACGACAGAAGAAAGCGAAGCCCACCAAGACAGCUGGUGCUCCUCUGCCCACGAUGCCGCCGUUCGACUUUGAGGGCUACCUGAGGGAGAAGGACAACCGCAACUUCAAGCUGCUUAUUGAUCAACCAGAGAAAUGUCAGCCGGUAGCAUCAAAGCAAGCUGGAGGAAGUCGAGGGUCCAUGACUGACCUCUACAUGCUCAUUGCGGUGAAAUCUGUGGCUGCAGAUUUUGAUAAACGGCAGGUGGUGCGUAGGACGUGGGGUAAAGAGGACAGGUCCAUCCGUACUGUCUUUCUGCUGGGGGUCCCCAGGAAUCGCACCGCCUUGCCUCUGUGGGAUCAGCUGCUGACCUAUGAGAGUCAAAUCUUCAAGGACAUCCUUCUAUGGGACUUUGAGGACACCUUCUUCAACCUGACCCUGAAGGAAACCCACUUUCUCGAAUGGGUCAACCACACCUGUCCACAUGUCAGAUUCAUCUUCAAGGGGGAUGCUGACGUGUACGUGAAUAUCGAGAACAUCCUGGAGCUGCUCCAAGGUCAAAAACCAAACGAGGAUCUUUUUGUUGGUGAUAUUAUAGUCAAUGCUAAACCAAUUCGUCGCCGCAAUUCUAAGUACUUUGUGCCAGAGUUCGUUUAUGGAGCUGCUUUGUACCCAUCCUAUGCCGGAGGAGGAGGCUUUGUCAUGUCGGGGUACACGGCACGCCGUCUGAGCUCCGCCUGUCAACAGGUGGAACUGUUCCCCAUUGAUGACGUGUUCCUGGGAAUGUGCCUUCAGCUGAUCGGCAUCAAGCCGUCACGCCACCAGGGCUUUCGCACCUUUGGGAUUGCCCGUCCAUCUGCGGCACCUCAUCUCCAGACGUUCGACCCGUGUUUCUACAGGGAACUCAUGGUGGUCCACAGCCUCAGCGUGCCCCAAAUAUGGCUCAUGUGGAACCUGCUGCACGACCCCAAACUGAACUGCCACAACAGGACCAGACCGACAUCCGGACCCUUCAGGUGGAGGAUUGGAGAAAGGGAAACAGACUAUGGCGAGGGGCGGGUGUUUGUCCCGCAUGAUUAACUCCCCGUCCACGUACAACGGGAUAAGAAGACAGGCUUUGUGGCCAUCUUGAAAGGCUGAUGAGUCACAUGACCCCUCGGCCAAUAUGAAGUGGGAAAAACUCAUCUUUUUUCAUUAAGGAGGCAUUAAAGAAAGAUUGCUGCCGGAGCCGAUGCCAAUCUAUUGAAGCAACAAUGUGACAUCACCUUGGGGCUGACUAGUCAUGUGGUUGACAUAAAACACUGAAUGCUUUGAAUGUGAUGUAACACUUUACGACUAAACAAGCCACGCUAGAAAGGAUACAAUGUGGUUUUGCUUGUGGGGCGGGUAUUUUUUGUGGGAUGAUGUUGCAGUAAUGAAGGUAGGAUUUUUGUUCAGCAGUGGUUUUGGUCUUGGAACUCUGCCAUGCAGGCCGUUUUUGCCCAGUGUCUUUCUUAUGGUGGAGUCAUGAACACUGACCUUAACUGGGGCAAGUGAGGCCUGCAGUUCUUUGGAUGUUGUUGUCUUGGAUGAAUCGUUGUUGUGCUCUUGGGGUAAUUUUGGCUGACCGGCCACUCCUGGGAAGGUUCACCACUGUUCCAUGUUUUUGCCAUUUGUGGAUAAUGUGCUCUCACUGUGGUUUGCUGGAGUCCCAAGGCUUUAGAAAUGGCUUUAGAAGCUUUUACAGAUUGAUAGAUCUCAGUUAAUCUCAGUUAUGUGUGUGUGUGUGUGUGUGUUGAUGGGGGGGGUCAAAGAGCCAUGUGGGUUUGGAUUAAUAAGAAAUUAAUAAUACAUUUAAUUUAAAAACUGCAUUUUGUGUUCAGUUGUGUUGUCACUGACUAAUAUUUAAAUUAGUUUGACGAUCUGAAACGUUCAAAUGUGACAAACAGGCAAUAAAAUAACAAAUCCGGAAGGGGCCAAACACUUUUUCACACCACUGUACAUAUUUUUUUUAACCCGGACGAGCCACGUUAGGGCAAGGGAUAGUGAAAUGUAGCAAGUUUGCAUGACUUCAACUGGUGUUUUCUUGUCGGCAUGGUCAUAUUUCUCUACAAGAACCAGUGAGCGGUGCGGUGCGUACCUUAUUUUGUUUCAUAUGGCGUGUACGUUUCAUGCAUUUUGUGCAUUAAAGAAGCUAAAACCAAUCCAUUGUAGUUCACUAUAUGCCAUCUCAACAAAACAUCUUAGCUUUCUGUUAUGAUAAAGCAUAUUAGUGUAAUUUCUAAUAUUAUGUCUUGUACAUAAUGAAUACAUUUUAUUUUUAGAAUAUGCCAAGGGCCACUAAAAAAAACCCACAAAAGGCCUCCAGGCCACAAUUUGGAGGAACUUUACUUUUUUUUUACUUUACAGAAGAACACACCCACACUCAACUGCAGUCUUUUACGCUCCUCUGGUUUCUUCACAGUUGUGAUUUCGCCUUCUUCAUCACCGCAACGGAUAUGAAAAUAAACAAGCAACAUAGUCAAGUCAAUGUUAUUUACAUGCUAUAGCACCAUUUGGCAAGAGAAAACAAGGGAAUCCCACAUGAGCAAGCACUUGGCCGUGGAGGCAAGGCGAAAAAACCCCACAGAUUGACCCGACCGCCACUGAACAAGACACUCAACUUGAAAGGCUAUGACUCCGCCAAGAAAUAUCUGAAGACAGAUUUUUCACAAGUUUUGCGGCACUCCAACUCAGACUCCAGCAAGGUGGAGGUGGGGUACUGGUAAGGGCUGGAAUUAUUAAAAGAUGAGCUUGUUGGGCCUUUUUAGGGCGAAGAUAGACGCAAACUCAACUCCUAAACCUACUGCCACUUUGUUUUCCUCCACACAGCGGUACAGGAAAAAGUGUGCAUCUUUCAAGAAGACCAUGACUUUUAUGCAAAGCAGUGCUCCAUCUCAUGCAUCCAAGUACUCCACUGCGUGGGCCAGCUGGUAAAGGCCUUAAAAAGGCCUUCAAAAAAUGACAUGACCCCCUUGUUCAACUGACCUAAACCCUAUCGUGUACUUGUGGGCCCUUAAAUGUAAGAUUUACAGCGAAGAAAAAAGGUACACCUCGAUGAACAGAGUCUGGGAGGCUUUGGUUGCUGCUGCACUAAAAGUUGAUGGUCAAAUGAUCAAGAAACUCCAUGGAUGGAAGGCUUUUCCGUGUUAUUGAAAAGAAGGGUGGCUAUAUUGCUCACUGAUUGAUUUUUGGAAAUGUCAGAAAUAUUUAUUUGUAAAGCUUGUGUUGUUGGUGUAUCUUUAUGACUUAAA